AUUGCACCUCUAGCCAAGCUAAACUGAGGAGUCUACAUCUUUUCUCCUGAACUGGAUAUGUUUGAAAACAGUUUCAAAGCACUUCAUGCUACCAGUUGCCACAAUAGCUGUGACCCUAAUGAUUAAGGAGAUUUCAGUGGAGAUGAUCCCACAUUCCCUCCACCACCACCCUCUUAACUUUUCAAAAUCACUUUAUCUAUAAAUACCCACCACAUGAAUUGAACUUAAACCUCUCUCUCUCUCUCUCUCUCUCUCUCUCUCUCUCUCUCUCGCUUUCUCUCUCUCUAAAAAAAAUUUUCACAAAAUCUCCUCUCUGUAGCUUAGACUUCUUCAAUGGCUUUACACAAGAAGUUGUUGGUUCUCUCACUUAUCUCACUGUCACUGUCUAUACUGUUCUCUUUUGCAGCCCCAGAUGCAGCCAAGGACAGAGAGGAGUGUUCAGAGCAACUGGUUGGACUAGCAACUUGUCUGCCAUAUGUUAGUGGGAAUGCACAAGCUCCUACACCAGACUGUUGCACUGGCCUAAAACAAGUCCUCAAGACCAAAAAGAAGUGUCUGUGCGUGGUGAUUGAAGAUAGAAAUGAUCCAGAUCUAGGCCUCAGUAUCAAUGUCACUCUUGCUUUAGGCCUACCCUCAGUUUGCAAUGCUCCUGCCAAUGUUUCUCAGUGCCCUGCUCUCCUCAACUUGCCUCCAAAUUCAACAGAUGCUCAGGUUUUCUAUCAAUUUGGUCAUGGCUCCAAUGACACCGCCAGUAGCCCUGUUCCUAGUGCUAAAAAAGACAAUCCCACAAGUGCCAAAAGCAGUGGAACAAGUAGUCCAGAGGGUAGUGGGUGUCAAAGAGGCAAGGAAUGGACCUCUUAUCUCUUUGUACUACGAGUUGGAGGUCCUAUCAACGCAUUGGUUGAUUGGUUCCAGUUUCAAAGCAAUCUUGCAAAGAAAGCAAGAUUGGUGACGCAUAUGUCUGCAUGUAACGUGUGUGUGUGUGUGAGAGAGAGAGGGGGAGAGAGCGAGAGAGCUGGACCCUCAACCUCAGAAGUCAUCAAGUCUCUUUCUCUCUCGUUGUUUGUGUCUGAGUCCAAGGGUUUCAUUGAUCGUGAAAUCCAAAGUUUUACUUGGUCACUUCGUGUGAUGGUCGAUGGUAUGGGAGAUGAACAAUCUUGCUCCAAACCCCUUCAAAGGCGCUCUAUCUUAUAUUAUGGUGUGGGACACAUGCUCAAUGACAUAACAUCAGCCUGUUGGUUUACUUAUCUCUUAGUGUUCUUGACGGAUAUCGGACUGGCCCCCAGCAAUGCUGCUGCUGUCAUGUUUUCUGGUCAGAUAGCUGAUGGAUUUGCAACUAUAUUUGCUGGUGAACUGAUAGACAGGUUUGGACAUUUCAAAAUAUGGCACGGUGCAGGAUCUGCUGUGGUUGCCGUUUCAUUUUCUUCUGUUUUUGGCGGUUGCCUACCUUGCAAAAUUCUUGGCUCCAAUUCAUCAUCUCUGCAAACAAUUGGAUAUAGUACGUUUGCAGCUAUCUUCAAUAUUGGCUGGGCUGCUACUCAAGUUUCACACAUGUCUAUGGUGAAUUGCAUCACACUGAAUCCGACAAGCAGAGUAGUUUUGGCUAGCUGUCGCAAUGCUUUCACAAUGGCUGCCAACCUCAGCUUAUAUGGAGUUGCUCUAAUAAUCUUCAAUUUUAGCUCGUCAGAGAUGCCAGUUGAUGUUGAAAGUCAGUACCGAUGGAUAGCAUAUUCAUCCAUAUUCAUUGGAUGUUGCUUUGUGGGCAUAUUUCAUAUCGGGACCAAGGAGCCAAGAUUGAAGCAGGUGGCUGACCACAAAACUUACACAAGAAUCUCUUGGACUUACUGGUUUAAGAAAGUUCUAUACUACCAAGUUUCUCUUGCAUAUGUGCUCACCAGACUAGUUACGAAUGUGUCACAGGCACUUCUUGCAUUCUAUGCCAUUAACGAUCUUAAGAUGGGUCAAUCUUCCAAAGCAUUGGUUCCUGCCAUCAUCUAUAUCUGCAGCUUCAUUGUCUCCAUCCUUCUUCAGGAGAUAACAUGGACCGGCAAACGCCUGAAGGCCUUUUAUUCUGCUGGAGGUGUUCUUUGGACAUUUUGCGGUGCAGGGAUCCUCUUUUUACCAAAAAGCAUGAGUGCUUUCAUGUACAUUUUUUCAAUAUUUAUUGGCAUAGCAAAUGCUCUAAUGACGGUGACUGGAGUGGGCAUGCAAAGUGUUCUAGUUGGUGAAGAUCUCAAUGGCUGUGCUUUUGUUUAUGGAUCACUGAGUUUUUUGGACAAAGUCUUAUGCGGGGUGGCAUUAUACAUUAUUGAGUCAUAUCAGAGUAUGUCAUGCUGCCAUUUAAUGUUUCACAAACUCAAAACUUCUGGGUUUAAUACUGGGUGUGUGUUUCUGGACUGUUGUGGAGUUCUGUUGGAAACUGUAUCUGCAAUUCUUGACAUAUGUAGUCGUAUCCAAAAACAACCUCCAAAUGUGAUUGACCAGAUUAAUCAUACCAUUUCAUUGCUUAUAGAUUUUUCAUUUUUGCUUUGGUGUUACCCACUUGAAUGUGGGAUUUUGUACAUGAAGUUCUUUCUGCGUGCUGGGUCAUGUUCAAAAAACUUGUUCGUUGGAAAUUAGUUGUAUGUCUUUUCAUUUAUUUGUUUCUACUAAACAUGUAGUUAUCUCAUCCUGAUGAGUUGAUUUUUGGUUCAUGAACCAAAAUUUUUCACUUGACACGCUUCACUUUUGUGCAGGUUCCUCUACAUACCUUGAGGGAUGUAAUUACAAGUUUCUUUGUUUUUCAGUCACAAGAUUAGGAUUGGGUCUCGUUCCAGCAGUUUGUUCACUUCUUGGCGUGGUGAUUACUUCCACGAUGAAUCUCCACACUUCUACUUCAAAACCUUUAAUGGAGCCCUUAUUGGCAUAGUUUACAUAGGAAACUAAUUUCUGUAGAAUCAACCCUUAUAUGACAUAGCAAUUGCCAUUCUUCAGACACGUAUCUAAAGCCAAGAGGUCUGGCCCUGUGACUUGUUUACUCGGCAUAAGAGUAAUAACAGGGGUGGAGACCUCCUGGUUAACCAAGUCAACUUAGAAAAUAUUCUGUGCCACGAUUUUUUUUAUUUUAUUUUUUCAAUAUGAAUGCUGGCACCCCUGCAGAAGUCUCUACAGCAUACAAUCUUGAUAUUGUAUCUCAUUUUCAUACGUCUUUGUAGUAUACACAAGUGUACACAAUUUCGUAGAUUUAAAGGAAAAGUUACGGUGUACAUUUUAAAUUUCAACUGAUGUAUGUAUUUCAGCGAUGGAUUAUCUUGGUUAGAUUGUCUGCACAGAGAAAGUUCUUAAAGUUGUAGCUUGAAUUUUCGAAUUUCGCUGUUCAUGGUUUAACUCAGGAACUAGAC